AUGUCGAUUAUGAAUCAUAAGAAGUCUUAAUUAGAAAAAGGAACUUCGUAAGAAAUGGAAUACAAGUUCAAAAUAUCACUAUUUAACGUUAUGCAUAAUAUCAUACAGAAUAAUCUCUGCAACACUUUCAUUUAUUGUUUGCUGCUAAGCAUCGAAAAUUUGUAACUAAUGUACUAUCCCAUUCAUCCAGUUAUAGAUUUUUUAUGGGAUGGUCAAGGACUGAAUUAUUUCAGGAUCAUUCUCCGCUACUUUCAAUUCAAUUAUCUUAUAGAUUAAGGAGUAACCAUAUUCAUAAUUUUAUUAUACAUUUCAUUUGGAGUAAUGGUCAUUAUUGGUUUGAUAUUCUUCAUUAGUUAAUAUUCAUUAAGCCAAUUAAAAUAUCAGGAACAACAAUCUGGAUUACUUGUUUUUAGUUUCAAAUUGUUGUCCUUGUUACUUAUUAUUUUGAAUACUAUACUGGCACUACCUUUCUAUAACAUCUUUUUGGCUACUAUCUAUUGUAGAUCAGAUUCAGCUGCUGGGGCUGAUUUGGGUUGCUAUCAAGGCAUUCACAUUUUACAUAUGAUCGUGGCUAUAAUUGGAAUAGUGUUACUAAUAUUUUUUCAUUUUUCAACGACAUUGUUGUACUUUGAUUUGAAUCCAAAAUCAAAAUUCCCUUUCAAUGGCUAUUAAUCUGAUGCUGAAUAUGCUAGGAUGCUUUUUAAAUUCGUAAUUCCUUUUCUAAUUAUUUUUAAUGCUCCAGGUACUUACAACAGUGAAAUGGUUGUGUUAUUUGGGGUUGGAGAUCUCAUCCUCCUAUUCUCUAGAUACAAUUACCCGAAAGGAUACAAUAAUUUCAUACAUUUCUACAAAAUCACACUAGAAAUAAUAGUUUUAUGGAUCAAUAUAUGCGUUAUAAUUACUGACUUCUUGGAUACUGGAUCCCCUGAUGAAAUGGGUUUGUUAUACUUAUUUGUUUUGAUACCAUGUGUAGUAUUUGGAGGUUUGUAUGCUUUCAAAACUAUUCUAAAAGAAUCGAUGACAUUUUCAAUUAAAAACCUUAAAAAUGAGGAAGAAGCAGAUAACUAUUUGAACACUCUGUUAUAAUUGAUUUUGGAUCGUCAAUCUCCAAACACUAAAAUAAAGUUGAUUGGUGUAUUAAAAUUGCAUUACAUAUCUUGUACAAAAACAGUAUGUGCAUGCAAAUCGUUAAUUUCAUAAGACCACAAGAAGGAGGAGGUUAAUCAAGAAAAUGAGAAUUGGAUGAAGUUUUUGGGAUCCAUCUUGGAUGACAUCAUGGCAGAUGAAAAGUUUAAAGAGAACGCUAGAUUCAAAAUAUUUUAUGCUUAUUUAUGCAAUGACGAAUUAAAGAAUAAAUAUAAUGCUCUACAUUAUAUGAUGAAGGCUGAAGAUACAAAAAAUCAUACUUUGAGAGAUGAAUUUUGUUUAUUCCGUUUCAAAUAACAUAUAGAAUACGAAAUGCAAGAGGAUUCCGAGAAAGCUCAAGAUAUCGAUGUUAAUUCAAUAGUCUUCUUCUAAAAUCAAUUGGUUAUUUUAACCAGUAUGAUAUAGAAGAGUGCAGAGUCACACUUAGAAUUUUGGAGAGAACUGUAAGAGGACUAUCCAAAUAUACUAAAGUUAUAGAAUAUUGGAAUGAAAGUAUUGCAAUAGAUCGAUCUCUGCGAUGAAGCAUAUUAGGAACUAGUGGAGAUCAACAAUAACAAUUUAAAUUUAUUAGAAUUUUACAAUGCAUACUUACAAUAGGUAGUGCACGAUAAGGAAUAACAUGAACAAUUGUCUUAAUAGAUAAGUUAAAUUAAGAAGGCUAUAUUUUAAAGAAGGUAAGGGGCAGGAUAAGAGUCGAGGAUAACUGAAUCGCAGGAGACAAUAAUCAUAACAAUGAGUGGAAAUGUGGGUAGUAUAGGAAUAGUGGCUAGUUGUAAUAAUGAGAUCUAAAAGUCUUUGGGUUAUCCUGCUUCAGAUUUAUUUGAGUCGAAUGUAAGCAAGAUUAUGCCCAAAAUCAUAGGAGAUCAACAUAAUCAGUUAGUUGAAAAUUAUAUGAGAACAAACAAUUCAAAUAUAAUAGGAAUGGAACGCUUUGUACUUGCUUAGAAUAGUCAAUAAUUUUUGGUGCCCUGCAAAUUGAUGGUCAAGGUAUUACCAAACUUAGAUAAAGGUAUACUUUUGGUUGGAUUCUUAAAGCCAUUAGAGAAAUUGCCUGGAACUCAUUAUAUGAUAUAUGAUGCAAUUUCAUAACAAAUUUUGAAUUUUAGUGAAUCAAUCAAAGAACUAGGUAUAAAAAUUUAGAACAUUGCAAUGACAGGUGCUUAAGAGUAAUCUAAAUUUUCAUUUGGAGCAGUUUUUAAAGAAUUGGGUGAUAUUAUAAAUAACCCUCUAAAUUAAAAUGAUUAGCCAUUAAAAACUUUGUUGUAUAAGUAAGAAGGUGAUAUAUAUUCAGUUGAAACUACUAUAAAUAUUAAACAUAUUAAUGAUACUCUGGUGUAAAUCAAUCAUGAUUAAGAAAAUAAGAAAUUGGGAAGCACUGCAAUAGAUUAAGAGAAUAUGUAUACGAACAAUGAUUGCAAAAAGGUUAAGAUAGAAUUGAUAGAAGAGAGAUUCCCAUUGGCAGAUGAUGGUUAACCAGCAGGAGGGAACAUAUAUCAUAUAAUAGUGAUUCGAGAGGAUAUUGAUUAGGAGAAAAUAAAUUAUGGAAAAUCAUAAAUAAAACAGAGAUUGGAUGAGACCAAAAAUAUGAUCGUCUAAUAAAAAUCGAUUGAAGAAGUAGAAGACAUAUAAAAGAAUCAUCAAUCUUCAAUUGAGGACGACCAAGAUGAAAACAAGUAGAAUAAAGAUAUCAGAAGUGCUUUAGAAUAAUCCAAAACUCCAAAGUAGAUCAUUUAUCUUAGAUAUUUGUCUUUAAUUUUAUUUUUAUCAACAUUGGCCUUGUCUAUAAGUAAAUUGGUGUUGUCUUUGCAAUAAUCAGUCUUAGUAGAUGAGGGUGUGAGUGCAAUACGUUAAGCUCAUCGAAGACAUUCAUUAAUGGCAGACAUCAAUUUGUACAGUCGGUAUUUACAUUUAACAUCCUUUGGAUAUUUUGAUUCAUCUUUAGAAGGAGCAUUCAAAGCCAAUAUUAGUAUAUUAGUUGAUAAGUUAUAGCUGAUAUAAUUCGAUAUGAUUGAAUUUAGAAUUAAAGUGGAAAGCAGAAGUGGCGAAUAAAUAGAUGAUGAUUAAUAUGAUGUAGUAUUUCUGCUUUCAAAUAACGAAACAAAGUUGUAUGGUAACAUAUUUAACGAUGCUAUCUUUGCUUAUAUUACAUCAGCUUCUUCAUUCAAAAAGGCCACUCUUUCUUAAUUUAAUGAUACCACCAAUUCUAGUAGUGUUGCUAAGAAUCUGUUUUAUGUAGUGGAAAAUGGUUUAGAUGUUCUCAGAAAUGGAUCUGAAAGAAUAGCAGAUAAAUUUUAUGAUUUUUAUUUUGAACAAGUAGACUCCUAAACUAUUAAUGCUGUCAUCAUUCUAAUCACAGCCUUAGUUAUCAUUGUUAUUUGUGAGGUCAUUUAUGUUCCUAUAUUCAUGAGCAUCUUCAAUGAACGAAAACGAUUAAUCAGCUAUUUUGGCAUGAUCUCAAAUGAUGAUAUCAAGAAUUUAAUUGAUCAGGGAGAUACAUUUAUUCAAGAUCACAUUACCAAAUUUAAGAGUUCUGAUGAAAUUUAUUAGGUUGAUUAACCUCAAUAACAAAAUUUAGUUGAAAGCUCUUUGAAUUAAGAUCAAAGUCAAGAUGUGAUUGAAAGUCCAAAAUAAAAAGUGGAAAAAGAGUAAAGGAAAUCCCUUUUUGAUUAAUCAAAGGAGAAACAUCAAAGAAUCUAUGAAAGUAAAGGUGGUACUCAUUAUCUAUUAAUAUUUUCAUUCAUCUGUAUUGGCUCACUUUUGAUGAUCGAAUAUAUCGUUAUGUAUGUCUUAGAAGAUCAAUCAAUCAGUGAUGCAAAAUUAAUAAUGGAUCAUUACCUGUUCAUCUCUCGACGAGCAAGUAUCAUAAAAUUUAAUAUACUUUUUACCUUGGAAUCUUUGGUUAAUAAUGGUCAAUCAAGAGUAUAUAUGGAUAAUGACUUGAAUAAAUAUUAUAAUGAGAAGGUGUACUCAAAUGAACAGGAUCUAUUCAAGACUUUAAUUAACACCUAUCCCUCUUCAUUUGAUGAUUACUUUGCCUUCUUCAACAAUGUCAAUUUCUUAAAUGUUUGUGAGCAUAUAACAUGGAUCAAGUCACUCCAAUUGAUUACCUAAUCCUUCAUCUUUGUGGAUACAGUUGAUAAUUUUACGAAUUAUACCUUCUCCUAAUCAGAAUUAGAUCAGGAAUGCAAUACAGUGAAAGAAGGAAUCCUUACGAAAGGGUUAAGAGACUCCAUUUUCUUGGUUGCUUUGAGAAACAAUGAACAGUUGGCAAGGUUUUCAAAUCUGCAAGAGAGUUUGAAUUCAUUCUAAAUACAAGAACUAUUGCGCAAAUACAUUUUGCCUACUUUUUGGGAGAAUAACAAUAUUUUUUAAAUUUGCUUUUAUGAUUUCUUAGAUAUUCGUGAUUCUAUAUAGAUCUAUAAUUUCGUUGGGUUUGUUGGAUUUUUAAUUUUGAUAUUUUUAUUUUUGUGGAUCUCUUAUAUUGCUAAGGUUCAAGCUGGAAUUCAAUAAUAAAUGAGAAUGCUCACUCUGAUCCCAGAUGAUCUUAUAGAUAAAUACGCAAAGCUCAAAGAAGCUAUAGAAUUUCAUGUAUUAGGAAUUCAGCAAAUGUAAUAAUGA